CUUCCCCCUAGUGUCUGUCAGAGUUGUCACCGCUGCCUGUCAUGAGUCCAGCCCAGGAGCCAACCCCUGAGCUGCUCGCAGACCCCUAUGAGAGCUUCAUGCAUCACCAUCUCCAGUACUAUGGCUACUUCAGAGAUGAGGAGAAAAUUGCAGAAAGCAGCUCCCUCGUGCCACGAGAGCACAGGCCAAAGAGCUCAGACUCUCUGCUGGAGCAGGAGAGUGGAGGAUCCAACCGCGAUUCCCUUCAGGAUAAGAAGAAGCAGCUGAUCUGUUCUCUCAUGCUGGAGGCCGCACUUCUCAAGAGCAAACAGCUUCUGUUCAAUCACCUUGAGGGCCCUGGGGUCCCACGCCUGCGGGAGCCACGGGGUCUCUUUGCUGUGCCCACCUCGAGAGGCCCCCUGCAGGCCCCACGCUGGCCAGUGGAGUGCGAAGUCAUCAAGGAGCAAAUCCAGCACAUCGAGUGGGUGCCGUCUGAACCAGAGCCAUUCUAUCAGCCCACAGGAACAGAGCCGGCCCCACUAAUUGUGGGGGAGGAGAAAGGAACCGUGGUCUAUCACAUAAAGCCAGCGCCCAAAGGCUCCUAUUUCACCUGCUCCCGCGUUGGAGGCGCGCGAGGGCCCAUCACGUCACCUGCCGUCAGCUUGGAAGGUCCAGAGGACACCACCCUGCUCUUUGAAUCCAGAUUCGAGAGCGGGAACCUCCAGAAGGCCGUCCGAGUAGGCCCGUACGAAUAUGAGCUGAUGCUGCGCAUGGACCUGUACACCAGCAAGCACACCCAGUGGUUCUACUUCCGGGUCAGGAACACCAGGAAAGGCAUCCCCUACCGCUUCUCCAUUGUCAACCUGAUGAAGUCCAAGAGCCUGUACAGCAUGGGGAUGAAGCCGCUCCUGUACUCUCAGAGGGACGCGCAGACGCGUGGCGUGGGCUGGCGGAGAGAGGGGGGGGACAUCCGGUACUACCGGUGCAGCUCCGAGGAGGGCCAGGUGAUGUAUUGUCUCACGUGGACGGCGUGCUUCCCCCAUGACCAUGACACCUGCUACUUUGCCCACUUUUACCCCUACACCUUCUCGGACCUGCAGCGCUACCUGCUGGCAGUGGCCAGCGACCCGGUCCGCUCGCAGUACUGCAAGCCGCGGGUCCUGUGCAGCAGUCUGGCCGGCAACACCGUCUACCUUCUCACCAUCACCAGCCCGUCCCAAAACCCCGGUGCCACUGCCGCCAAGAAGGCUGUGGUGCUGAGCGCCAGGGUGCACCCUGGGGAGACCAACGGCUCGUGGGUGAUGAGGGGUUUCCUGGACUUCAUCCUGAGUGACUCCCCUGAUGCCCAGCUCCUCCGCGAGCUCUUCAUAUUCAAGGUGGUGCCCAUGCUCAAUCCAGACGGGGUGAUCGUGGGGAACUACCGCUGCUCGCUGGCUGGGAGAGAUCUCAACCGCAACUAUCGAACCAUCCUGAAGGAGUCCUUCCCUUGCAUCUGGCACACCCGGAGCAUGAUCCAGAGAGUCCUGGAGGAGCGGGAGGUUCUGCUGUAUUGUGACUUCCAUGGGCACAGCCGCAAGAACAAUGUCUUCAUGUACGGCUGCAACAACAAGAGCGCUCCUGCCCUGCGGCUCCACGAGCGCGUCUUCCCACUCAUGCUCAGCAAAAACGCCCCUGACAAGUUUUCUUUCCACAGCUGUAAGUUUAAGGUCCAGAAGAGUAAAGAAGGGACGGGCCGGAUUGUGAUGUGGAGGAUGGGAAUCCCCAACAGCUACACCAUGGAGUCCACCUUCGGCGGCUCAACCCUGGGCAGGAAGAGCAACUCCCACUUCACCUCAGAGGACCUUAAAUCUCUGGGCUAUCACAUCUGCGACACGCUGCUGGAUUUCUGUGACCCCGACCACUCCAAGUUCCUGCAGUGUCUGUCCGAGCUUCAGCAGCAAAUCCAUCGAAAGCUCAAGGAUCUGGGCCGUGGGCAGGACUCAGACGGUGCCUGGAGCGACAUCUCCCUAUCAGACAUUGAGUCCAGCACCAGCGGCUCCAACAGCUCCCAGUCCGAUGGCCUCCCUGCUCAUUUACUCAGCGUGGCAGAGAAGUUCCAUCAGAAGAAGAAGCGGCUGCGGACGAGGAAGGAGAGGAACGAGCUGCGUCAGAAAUACGCCUCGAGCCAGGGGCUGACGUGCCAAGACAAGACCCCGGUGGCGGGGGAGAGAAGGUUGGGGAGCCCCACCUGCCGGACCCACCAGCCUGUCAGCGCGGCGGCUCUGUGCACGGAGGACAGCUCUGGCAAACAGGGCAAGACUCCAGAAGUUGGCCUCGUUUCAGAUCUGCAGAGGAGAGAACCUAACGCCAGCCAGGAGGAGCAACCAGAAGAGCGUCUAUGGGAGAGUAAGCUGUGUCACCAGCACAGCCCUGGGCCUGAGCGCCUAUGGAAGGCCCGGCAACCCCAGCCCCUGCUUAUCACCACGCUGACCCCGCCGCAGCCCCAGAGACCCGCCGGCACGUCGCCCAUCAGAGAGCACCCCCUGCCCUUCCAUGCUCAGCUGGACGGAGAGCCCCACGGCAGCCGGCAUGCAGGCAGCUCAACGAUGGCGCAGUCUGGAGGCACGGUUGGAACCAGCCCAUGCAGGUCUGUGUGGUGGGGCCCCGAGCAGGCCGCUGUGACUCUACUGCUGAGCAGAAACCCCUUCCCGAGACCCCAGCUCCCUGGCCCGAGAGCACUCGUUGGACCCCACACGCUGAAGCGGAGCCAAUCGCAGCACCUUCUGCCUCCCAGACGAGUGACAUGGAGUGUGCUGGACUUCCAGCCCCCCCACACGGAGCCAGAGAGACGCAAGAGCCCCUCCCGGCCCCACUGCAAAUGUUUCAAUGCUACCACUAUCAUCUCCGUCCCAGAGGCUAGCGCAGAUAAGAAGGCAAAAAAACCUGCACUCACGAUGAAAUGUUCUGAGCUCAUGCAGUCCUCCCGCACUGAAAAAGCCCAGCAGAAUGCAUAGAGGCAAACAAUGUCAGAGUCCAGGAAAACACAAAAUGAACAUGAGGACAGGAGGGAUGUGCGAGAUGAGAGAUGGCGGGAUCAAGAGGCGAGGCGGUGGGAGCAAGAGGAGCGGUGGCGGGAGCGUGAUGAGAGGAUGCAGGAGGCAAUGCUGAGUCUACUGGAGGAUCAAACUGAUAUGCUCCAGCGUAUGGUUGAGGUGCAGGAAAGGCAGCAGGAGCACAGACUGCCGCUGCAGCCCCUGUGUAACCAACCGCCCUCCUCCCCAAGUUCCAUAGCUUCCUCACCCAGACACCCAAGGACAAGGGUGGCGGCUCCGGGCACCCAACCACUCCACCCCAGAGGACUGCCCAAGCAACAGAAGGCUGGAAUUCAAUAUGUUUUGAAGUGCAGUGUGGCCUUAUCCUUCCCUCCUCCCCUACCCCAUCCGGUGCUUCCCUCCUCCACCACCCCUCCCGGGCUAUCUUAGCAGUU